AUGUACGGUACUGAUUGUUUCUCUAUCUCUCAGCUACCACCAGGCUCGUGUUCCAGUGACCAGCCUAGACUGUUUUCUGUAGCUGUUGUCGCUCUCUGUUGUUGUUCUGCCUUCGCUUGGAACAACGCCGGGGGCGGCAGACGUUUCAAUAACAGAGGAUCUGGGUUCGUCAACAACAAUUUCAAUGGAGGCGGAUUCGUUGUAGGAAACGAUGCUGCUUGGAGGGGCGCUGGAUUCAGAGGCGGAAAUAUCGGGAUCAUUGGCGGCGGUGGAUUUGGUGGCGGCAAUGUAGGCCAUGGAGUUGGUGGCGGCAAUCUAGGCCAUGGAGUUGGCGGCGGCAAUGGAGUCGGAUUUGUAUCUGGAAAUAGAUUUGCUCACGGCAAUGGAGGACAUGGAUCUGGAGUUGGAGUUGGUGGCGCUGUCGGUUUUGGCAACGGUGGCGUAUUCAUUGGUGGAAACGAUGCUGUCUGGAGGGGUGCUGGACUCGGUGGCGGAAGUAUCGGAAUCAUUGGCGGUGGUGGAUUUGGUCGCGGCAAUGUAGGCCAUGGAGUUGUGGGCGGCAAUAUAGGCCAUGGAGUUAGUGGCGGCAAUAUAGGCCAUGGAGUUGGAGGCGGCAAUAUAGGCCAUGGAGUUGGCGGCGGCAAUAGAGUCGUAUUUGUAUCUGGAAAUAGAUUUGCUCACGGCAAUGGAGGACAUGGAUCUGGAGUUGGAUUUGGUGGCGCUGUCGGUUUUGACAACGGUGGCGGAUUCAUUGGUGGAAACGAUGCUGCCUGGAGGGGUGCUGGACUCGGUGGCGGAAAUAUCGGAUUCGUUGACGGAAAUGUAGGUCAUGGCGUCGGAGGCGGCAAUGUAGGUCAUGGCAUCGUAGGCGGCAAUGGCGGUGUUCUUGGAAUUGGUCUCGGAGGAGGAGCGAUCGUCGGUGGAAACGACGCCGCAUGGAGAGGUGCAGGAUUUGGUGGAGGCAACAACUUUGUAUCCGGACAUUAA